AGGGGGGGAACCAGAAAACCGGCACUGGUGGAAUACGGGCUCGGGCAACAGCCAAGGUCAGCACAGGAGAAGAAGCUAAAUCUGUCCUUCCUUAUACGCACCGGCGCACACACACCACACAAACAUCUUCCCCUCCCCACCUUUGCCCGGGAUGGUGCGGGGCAACCCAGACCCCGGGACUGGCCCUGGCACUGCCCCAGGACUCCCCAGCGGCCAGACUGCUGAACUGGCCCAAUCCCUACAGCCCGCCUCCCAGUGGCCACCAAGCCGGCCCCCGGAACACCUGAGGCUGCGGAGGGCGAGGGUGGAAAAGAUCCCCCCAAUAUCUGCGCUUUGCUCUUCCUACAGAUCGGGAAGAAGAAGCAGGAGGAGUUGUCUCCUCCUUGCUGCUGUUGCUACUGCUGCUGCUGAUCUGGCCAGGAAGUUGUCGUGGCAACGGGAGGCGGGGAGGAGAUGCACCGAGGGAUGGAGGUCUGUGUCACCGCUGCUGCUGCUGCACCUCAGCCCCAAGCCCAGGGGCCUUGAAUUAAAGGCGCAGGCUGCCCUCUGGGUGCCAGCCUCUCCCAGCCCCAGAGGAGCUUCCUGGUUCCAUUACAGAGAUGGUUUUCAGGAAAGGGAAGAAGCCUUCGAUUCUCUGUUUUCUGCCCCCUCCACCGUGUGCCCUGUGGCACAAGACCUGAAAGGUGGUUCCUCAGUAGUGCUGCCCAUCCUGGAGAACUCCUUGGAGGGGUGGGGCGGGAGAGGGACCCUCCAGGUGUUUGGAGGAGAAAUACGCUGGCUCUUCCCUUCAGCUUUAUCUGGGGUCCAGGCGCACCUGGAGUCCGAGGACAGGCCUUCUCCAGGCCUGGAAUUGUUCGUUUGUUUGUAA